CCCAAAAAAACCCUAAUCGAAGUCUCAAUUCCGUGGAGCUCGGAGAUAGAACCCUAAAUCAGGUGAGGUGUGAUCCUCGGGAAUCUCCGGGGCCCUUUUCAUCUGCUCGUUGCAAUUGCAAUUUCGUUCUCUCCUCCAGAAUCACCUGUUUCUCGGCCUUAAAUUUCGAAGCAGCGUCGUUUAACUCGGCCUUCUUGCACAGCUCGAGAACACGCGGGGCCUUGACAUGGCGGUGGAUGCCGAUGCCGGUGGCGGUGGCGGUGGCGGCUCUCUCGUCCUGCUGAAGCAAGGCGCUGAAGCUAGAGUUUUCGAGUCCAGUUUUGUGGGAAGGAGGUGUAUCAUCAAGGAGCGCUUCUCGAAGAAGUACCGGCAUCCGUCCUUGGACUCGAAACUCACUUUGAAGCGCCUGAAUGCGGAGGCUAGGUGCAUGACGAAAGCGAGACGCUUGGGGGUCUCCACUCCGGUUCUGUACGGUGUGGACCCGGUGCUGCAUACCCUGACGUUUGAAUUCGUGAGUGGCCCUUCGGUGAAGGAUGUAUUUCUUGAGUUUGGGUCGCAGGGUAUUGUGGAAGAGCGUUUGGAUGAUAUCGCUGCACAGAUUGGCGACGCAAUUGGGAAGCUUCAUGAUGGAGGUCUGGUUCAUGGAGACCUGACCACGUCCAACAUGUUGAUCCAGAGUAGCACUAAUCAGCUGGUUCUUAUUGAUUUUGGUCUGAGCUUUACAUCGACCCUUCCAGAAGAUAAAGCUGUUGAUCUGUAUGUACUUGAGAGAGCGCUGGUUUCAAUGCAUUCUUCUUGUGGAAAUGUGAUGGAUCGCAUACUUGCUGCAUAUCGGAAGUCCUCGAAACAGUGGUCGUCUACAUUAAACAAACUAGCUCAAGUGCGGCAAAGAGGUCGAAAGCGUACGAUGGUUGGAUGAUCGAACUGCGCCGCAAUUCCUGUAGGAUAUUUAAGUGACUGAUAGGUGAUUGGGCUAUAUUACCCUUUGAGAACUGCCAAUUUCAAGUGGUGACUUAUAAAUGGACAGAGUACGAUGAUCGGUUGUCCAUUUUUUUCUUUGGUGUAUCACGGUUCCUUGAAUUUUCAUAUAGUUGAUAAAGAUUGAUUAGAUGACUUCUGAU